AUGGGGGGUAUACUGUUCCCCGACCAGACUGGAUCUACAGUUCAUCUACAGUAUCUACUCCUGUUGGAGAAUUGGCGGAGAGCUGGAGGCUACGCUUGGGGAGCAGCUGUUUUAGCCUACCUGUACCGUGAGAUGGGUAGGUUGGUUAUGCAGAUGACACAAGCCUCUUCCACAGGAGGUGAUCUUGGUGGAUGGGUCGCCUUACUGCAGCUCUGGGCGUGGAAGCAAUUUUCAUUGAUAGCACCACGAGAUACAGUGAAGGAUGAGCCUAUUACAAAGGACGCAUACCCAUGCAGUGCUCGAUGGCUUCUGGCCAUGUCCAGUCAGCAUGGUGACCAGUUCUUCAGUUAUAAGUUGUUUUUCGACGAGCUGUCGACAAUCGUGGUUAGUAUAUAA